CUGAGAAUGUUUAAGCACUUGUCUGCUCUGAGCUAAGCAGCUUCGUGAGAACCUGAACUGCCUGUUCAUUAGUAGGUAUUUAAUGCAUUGUGCGCAUUGUUCCUUAAACCAGGCAAGGUAGCAGACUCUGGUAGUGUAAUCAUACUGAAAGCGUUAAGUGCAGUUUUUAUAAUGAACGCUGGUUAUGACAACGGAUCCUAUGAGUCACAGACACUCUUUCAGAGAGUAAGUCUGAAGUCAGGCUAAUACUGUACACCUUAAGGCAUGUCUGCUUAGCUGGUAAUAUCAAUGAAAUGCAGAGUUAUAACACAGACACAAACGAACAUCUAAAAAUGUUGUGUCUUUUAUGCUGACUUAGGUACAAGUGUCUGUCUAGAUGUCCAGGCAUGCACAAAAGCUUAGAGAUCACGAUAUAAAUCCAUGUGUAGCGGAAACAGAUGCCACUACAAAAUGUCUGGAUGAAAACAACUAUAAGAAGGAUAUGUGUACUGCUUAUUUUUUGAAGUACAAAAACUGCAGAAAAUUCUGGCAUGCCAUUAUGAUGCAAAGGAGAAGAAAUGGUGUGAAACCAGAGAUGCCCUCAGCAGACGAGAGAAAGAAAAUCUUGGAAUCAAUGGGGAAGCCCUACUGACUAGAAACUUGAAUUGACUGUUUUCUCUGUACAUAUGAAGACUUACCAGCAGCAAGUUACUGUUUUAUGAACUGAACUCUACAGUUGUCAUAUCUUGGAUUAAAAUAAGAUCUUAAGUUUUGAAAUGUGUGAGCUUUCUAGGAUAGAGCUUCCUGGUUUGAUUCAUACUUCCUGUCAUGGGAACUUGGCCUUUUACUGGAAGACAUGAGUAUCAACACAACUUAUGUCUAGAAGUAGAAACUUUUGGAAGUAGAAACUAACUUGCUGUGAGAUGCUAAAUAUAAAAUUAAUAGGACCUGCAGAAAGUCUGAGUAAAAAGAGGGGGUGAUGAGUGUUGCAGUGUGGUUCUAAGACUGGAGCAGGUUGAGAAGCUGGUACAUGCAAUGUGUUUCGUGCACCCAGCUAUUCUGCCCACCAGUAUGGAUUUACCAUGUGUGGUCUUGUCACUCUUUCCACGUGUGU